GAUCCCAGAUCUCCAGAGUCAAGUCGAAAACCCCAGAAAUUUUUUAAGGAGGUCGUUCCCAUUCCUCACCAUUCGGUCACCCCAUUAUGGGCCUGGCCGAAUCCAUAAUGGAUUAGCUAAAAAAAUAUUUUGUGUUCAAGGACUGGAAAGAACUCAGAAAAGAUUCCCACUGACUGCAGGUAGAAUUGUUCUACCUGCACUAGACGGUAAAAUUGCUGUAUUAAGACAAUAGCACGUUUUGAUUCCAGAAUAGAACGAUAAAUUAAAAUUAAUUAAAAUUUAAUUUUCUUCAUUAUUGAGGGGAAAGGAAAAUACUGUACUACAUAUGAUAAUUUUUCCAGCGCCCUCUAUGGAUUUUUUCAAUAAACAUUACGUAAUUUGUUUUUGCCGCCAAAAUAUAUCGCUAGACGCACGUGACUAGUUUUAACAUCUGCAGCAAUUAACACAUUUUAACAUAUUUAAAAAUGAGUGCAAAUAUCGAAAGUAAAUCUCCUGUUGUGUUUCUGACACGUACAGAAACUUUUAGUGCCUGCCAUAGAUUGAAUAGUCUAGCAUUGACAGAAGAAGAAAAUCAGAAAUUAUAUGGAAAAUGCAACAAUUUAAAUGGUCAUGGACAUAAUUAUAAAGUGGAAGUUACAGUAAAAGGAAAGGUUGAUAAAAUAACUGGAAUGGUUAUGAAUUUAGCUGAUUUGAAAAACUACAUGAAUAUAGCAAUUAUGGAUAUAUUAGAUCAUAAAAAUCUGGAUCAAGACAUACCAUAUUUCAAAAAUAAAGUCAGAAAAACAUCAAAAAAAGGGGAUUCUUUAGUAUCAUUCAGGAAGUAUGCCAGAAGAUCCCAAGGAGGACAGACGUAUUCCAUAUAAACUCCCUACAGCCAAUGCCCAAUGCCCAUAUUCGACUCCCAUAGUUCAUAUAAGGUUUGUUAAUAAGUUUUUAAAUAGAAGAAAAUGUUUAUUUAUGUGCUGUCAAAGAACUAACCAAGAACAAGAACAUUCACCCAGAACCUAAAAUAUAGAAGAAGAAAAACAUAUUUUGAAGUAGUAUGGUUUUAAUUGAAGUUGUAAUCUCUCUCUCUGAGACAUUCCAUAAUUAUAGUUUGAGAAUUCGAUUUUGUAAUUUAUUUCUUGUUUAUUAAAUUUUUGAUAUUUUAUAUUAAA